UACUAGCAACAUAGAAGUAUUAUAUAUAUGGAAUAUAUUGAGUACAAACCGAGGCUAUAAAAGACCGUAAUACGCAGUCCGCUCGGCUCAGUAAGUUAAGAUCGUUCGAAGGAGCUUCAUUGCCAGCUUCGUUCAAACAACCACAUUCGAUCGUUUUUAAAUUUGUCUUGUUCAACGGUUUAUUAAACGCAUUCAAAAUGCGCGAAUGUAUAUCCGUCCACGUAGGACAAGCGGGAGUACAAAUUGGAAAUGCUUGUUGGGAGUUAUAUUGUUUGGAGCACGGUAUUCAACCUGAUGGGCAAAUGCCGUCAGAUAAACUGCUCGGAGGCGGUGACGACAGUUUCAACACCUUUUUCUGCGAAACUGGCGCUGGAAAGCACGUACCUCGAGCAGUGUUUGUCGACCUCGAGCCCACCGUAGUCGACGAGGUGCGUACCGGUACCUAUCGGCAACUGUUCCAUCCGGAGCAACUGAUAACUGGCAAAGAGGACGCCGCCAAUAAUUACGCACGCGGUCACUACACAAUCGGCAAAGAGAUAGUGGAUCUCGUUCUGGAUCGCGUUCGUAAACUCGCGGAUCAAUGCACGGGAUUGCAAGGCUUCUUGAUCUUCCAUUCGUUCGGCGGUGGCACCGGUUCCGGUUUCACAUCUCUGCUGAUGGAACGACUGUCGGUCGAUUACGGCAAAAAGUCCAAGCUCGAAUUCGCAAUUUAUCCGGCACCGCAAGUCUCAACGGCUGUUGUCGAACCGUACAACUCCAUACUCACAACUCACACUACUCUCGAGCAUUCCGACUGCGCGUUCAUGGUCGACAACGAGGCCAUAUACGAUAUUUGCAGACGUAAUUUGGACAUCGAACGACCGACUUACACCAAUCUGAACCGACUGAUUGGCCAGAUCGUUUCUUCAAUCACGGCUUCGCUGCGCUUCGACGGUGCGCUCAAUGUAGAUCUGACGGAAUUUCAAACGAAUCUGGUGCCCUAUCCUCGAAUUCACUUCCCUCUAGUCACCUAUGCUCCUGUAAUAUCUGCGGAGAAGGCUUAUCACGAGCAGCUGUCCGUUGCCGAAAUAACAAACUCCUGCUUUGAGCCGGCGAAUCAAAUGGUCAAGUGCGAUCCGCGUCACGGAAAAUACAUGGCGUGCUGCAUGUUGUACAGAGGCGACGUGGUCCCGAAAGAUGUUAACGCGGCGAUCGCGACCAUCAAGACCAAGCGCAGCAUUCAAUUUGUCGACUGGUGUCCCACAGGAUUCAAAGUCGGCAUCAAUUAUCAGCCGCCGACUGUUGUGCCCGGCGGAGAUCUCGCCAAAGUGCAGCGUGCAGUCUGCAUGCUGUCCAAUACCACGGCGAUUGCCGAGGCUUGGGCGCGGCUCGAUCAUAAGUUCGAUCUUAUGUACGCGAAGAGAGCUUUUGUGCAUUGGUACGUCGGUGAAGGAAUGGAAGAGGGCGAGUUUUCGGAAGCGCGAGAGGAUCUCGCCGCCUUGGAGAAAGACUACGAAGAAGUUGGUAUGGAUUCCACCGAUGGCGAUGAGGGAGACGGCGCGGACGAAUAUUAAAAUUUAUAUUCAUUUCAAGAGAGAGAGAGAAAUAAGAAAAUCGUUUUCUAUUCUCUAUCUUUCUGUUUUUUCUUUCGUGUGUUUAUAUUAUCUUAUCACAUGUAUUUUUAUUUACGUCUUGAUCAUUAUUGCUUAUUCAGUAGGUUUUUGGCAAUAUUUCUUUUGGUACAAAUAUCUUUAUAACUCAACUGAAAAUAAUUACGAGUAUUUUGAAAACACUGUAUUACUUUUAUCUUUAGUUUUUUUUUAAAUAUUUUUAUGUAUCUCGUGCCGCACGAGAUACUUGACGCAUACAGAACAUAUCUACUUGAUUGUUAUAAAUUUUGUAAUUUCGCCUGCUUGAAAAAAAAAGAAAAUAUUGACAAAUAUAUAAUCAUUAUCUAAAAAUACUUUCUUGUGUAUAUAUUUGGUAUAAUACUCUUCAUAUAUUAUAUAUAUAUGUAUAUAUAUAUAUAUGUAUAUCGAUCAUUACAUUAUAUAAUAGAUUGCAUUAAUAUGCACGUCUUUGACCGUACAAUUAUUAUCGAUCAUUACAUAAUACGUGAAUGGAUAAUGAGAAGAAGCAAGACGAAUGUGUAUAUAUAUCAGGGCUUCGAAAAAGAAAUCGGGAGGAAAUGAGACACACGCAAUUACUCACCGUAUAAAUGAAAAGUUCGCAAUCUGGUAAAAAAGACGUGUAAGAUGUGUAAGACUGCCAACUUUUCUAAAAUGCAAAAUCGCGAGUGACACAUACGGUCUGAUCUUAUAAUUGUCAUCAUUCGAAAGAGAAAACGAGAAACCGAGCACUACUGAGCUUAAUUCACAAGUAGUUUGUGCUUCUAGAUUUUUGCAGUCGCGGCGCAAUGUUGAUAACAUCCUAAUGAAUAAUAUAAAAA